GUAGAUUCUUCCUCUCCAGGCGUCGUGAAUGCUUCUCCUGUACCUGACGUGAUUGCCAAGAUCUUCACCGCUUCGGAGGAGCUCGCCGAGGUAGUGCUCGAACCGCAUCAGGAAGCCUCCUACAUGCCGACGUUUCCUGCGAAGUUUUUCCUGUACUGUGAUUUUCCUGCCAAAGAGGGAGGCGAAUCUGCUGUCACCGACAUGAGGGCC